GUUUAUAAUGUACAAGAUGGAAUAGCAGCAGACAAUACAGCCUCUAGUGAAGAGGGUGCACAGAAGAAGAGCUCAGAUGAAGGGGACCAGAAUAGACAGCAGCAUGUAGAGGCGACUGGUGGAGCUUCAGCUGCCGGUCAGGUGGUAUACAGUAAAACAUUGAAGAGAACUUGGCAUUACUUGCUCACUGACUGGAGUAGGCAGGUGAAACAAUUACAGAAGGAUCAAUUGCCAGUUAAUCUAGACAAUAUUGUGUCCAAAAAACUGUCCACAAUGGUGGACUUGGUUCUAAGGCCCGUAGCUCCCCCAGAGUGGAGACAUGCAUGUCUAGUUGUGCUCCUGUCACAGGAAACAGAUCAGGAACUCACUAGUAGAGUCUUAAACCACACUGUUGGGGACGCUUUGUGUCUGCCUCUGAAAGUUAUCAUUGACAUUAUCCAGACACUGACCACAUCUUUUCAGACCCCAUUGCGAGUAGAUGCCAGGAAACAGCUGGUGACAACAACCAUCAAUCACAGGUACUGUGAGAUCCCAGCCAAGUAUAUUGUGCUGUUCAUGUACCAGAUGGAUGAACUGUUCAACAUGAAGCUGAUCUGUAAGCAGCAGUUCCACAAAGAGAAGCUAAGAAAUCCCAUUGUGCAGGGACAUGAGUACAUCAGUGGUGGCAAACAUGACAAGACUUUGGUUGGAACAAACAGCCCUGCAAACGACGACUUGGGGGCCAAGGUUCUGGGUGGCGAUAAUGAUGUUCCACAUAUCUUGAAUAUAGAGCACAGAGCAACAAGUAUAGUUGAUGAUUUCAAAACCAAAGACUUGGCAAGAAUGAUGAUACUUCUAGCAAAGUGGCGAAACCGAAAUCAGACACUUAUCAAUGCUGUUGUUCAUGGCCUGAGCCAAGCUGACUUCUCAGAUUUUCAUGUUGUGCAGCUGAGCAAUCUGUUAUUGUCCUUCUCUAUGCUGAACAUCUACAGCAACCCGGUUCUCAGGAACAUAGUCUUACACUUAACACGAGAAACCCCGACUGCUCCAUCACAGAUCUGCACUGUGUUAUCAUCUCUGUCACAUCUACGGUGGAACGAUGAAGCUCUUGUUUCCAAAUAUCUGUGCUUCCUGGCUGAUGACAUCUGCAAGCUGACCGUGACAGAUGCCCAAAGUCUCCUCACAUCUCUGGCCAAUCUGUACAUUGUGCCCACAACUGAUGCAGAGACCAGCUUGAUUUUCAAAAUAGCAAAAAUAGCCUUCAGUGGAGACCUGACCCCUGCCAGUAAAGUCCAUUGUGCCUGGUGUUUGGCUGUUCUGCUUUCCCUGAGUGCUGAAGUGGGGCAAUCUUUGCUGCAGCCAGCAUUUCUCAGUCAACUCUCAGAUGUUGAUGAUGCCCAGAAGCAGUCCAGCCUCCACAAGUUAUGCUCAAUCAGUACCGCACUUCAGUAUGAGGUCAAAGAUUACUCAAGGUCAGGGCUACUUUUACCUGAAGUUCCUGCCAUGUCUCCAGCUCAAGACAGGACCGGAUGCUGUGACAGAGGCCAGAUUUCUGAACUCAAGAAAUGUCUGCAAAAGUUUGUGGAUGUGACAUCCUAUGUCAGCUGGGGACAGACAUUAAUGGUUGGCCCGGCUGCAGAUGCUGUGAUGUGUGCAGACAUGUCUGGUGAUCUGAGACCGCUAAAUACGAUAGAAGAUGAGAACAUUUACAAGCUGGCCAUUCAGUUGGUUCCAUUCUCUGGGGUUCUCUGUGUCACUGGGUCGCCCUGUGGAUCAUACAGCAUGGCCGCCCGGCACUGGAAACAUCUCGGAUAUGUGCCAGUUCAGAUCUUGUACUCAGACCUGAAGCCAUCCCUGAGUUGCCUGGAGAAAAUCAGCAUCAUCAAGACAAAGAUUCAGUCAGCAGUAAAAAAGUUUGUGGCAGAAAGACAGAGACUCAAACCUUGA